GGGAAAAGUCAUCAAGGAAUUUCAAUACUUGUCUUUAUGAUUCCUGCUGAAAAGUGCAUGUUGGUUCACAGUUCAGCCAGACUGUGAGUCAGUCGUGCAGCGUAUGGAGCUGCAGGGAAUCGUAAAGGCAUUUCGGAAGGUGAAACGAGCACAGGACGCCCCGCUAGCAGCUGCCGGAGUGUCCCAGAAGAAAGCAAAGCCGGAUGAAGUCUGUAAAGAGGCCUGGUUGAGUGGAUUGACAGUGUAUAUUCUCCAGGCAGGGAUUGGUAAGGCUCGGACAGAAAUCUUUCGGAAGCAGAUUAUACGGAAUGGUGGAGAGGUCAGCCUUGCUUUCUCCCCUGCCAUUACCCACGUGAUCAUCAAUGAUGGGAUGGAUUGUGAACGUGCCUUUCGCCUUCUGAAGCUGGAGGUGCUGCCUCCCAACGUUCAGCUGGUGCAAGCUACGUGGCUCAGUUUAUGCCUCUCGGAGAAGAGAAUUCUGAGCACUGCGGGCUACAGUGUCUUCAUCCCAGACAGAUACUUGCAGCCUGAACAGCGGGUAAAGGCUCAAGGGUCAGGAUGCGAGGGUCAGCAAGGGAAUACAGAGAUCAGCUGUCAAUCAGGGAGACAGUCAAAGGCCAAGUUGAACUGUACGGAGGCAGAAAAACCGGUUGCUGAGCAGCCAAGAGAGACCACACCUGAGGAAAACAGUGAAACAGUACAAGCCUCUGCAGCACAGUUAUCUGAAGAUGAAGACAGAAGUGAUGUUGAAGAUGACGGAGUCUCCGAGCAUGACCUGCAAGCCUUGGUGUCCGGAAACAGCCAUUCGCCCAGUGAGUCUGAUCCCAGUGAACCAGUUGUCAGUGGCAAGUGGGUGUGUGCCCAAUCGUCCAAAAGUAAGAAGCAAAACCACAACAAGCCCAUCACAGACAAGCUGGAGGUGCUGGCAGCUGCAUACACACAUCAAGGUGACAAGUGGAGAGCGCUGGGAUACGCCAAGGCCAUCAACGCCCUGAAGAGUUACCAGAAGCCGGUGUCCUCCUUUCAGGAAGCCUGCAAGAUCCCUGGCAUUGGCAAACGCAUGGCUGAGAAAAUCAGAGAGAUACUACAGAGCGGGCACCUGCGCAAGCUUGACUACAUCAGUGAGAGCGUCCCUGUGCUAGAAACCUUCUCGAACAUCUGGGGAGCUGGUGUGAAGACAGCUCAGAUGUGGUACCAACAGGGAUUCAGAACUUUAGAUGACAUUCACACAAAAGCUAGUCUCACUAAGCAGCAGACCAUUGGCCUCAAACACUACCAUGAUUUCCUGGACCGAAUGCCCAGGGAUGAGGCUGCAAAGAUUGAAAAAACUGUGAGUGAUAUGGCUCACUCGAUUAAUCCAACCCUGAUUGCCAUGGCCUGUGGUUCAUAUCGCCGCGGGAAGCCCACCUGUGGGGAUGUGGACGUUCUCAUCACACAUCCAGAUGGAAAAUCGCACAAAGGUGUCUUCAAUAAGAUCCUUGCUGGGCUGAGGGACACAGGGUUUCUCACCAAUGACCUGGUCAGUCAGGAGGACAGUGGGAACCAGAAGAAAUACCUGGGGGUUUGCAGGCUUCCAGGUCCUGGGCAUCGUCACCGGCGGCUCGACAUCAUCGUGGUGCCAUACAGUGAGUUUGCCUGCGCCCUGAUGUACUUCACCGGCUCUGCACAUUUUAACCGGUCCAUGCGGGCAUUGGCCAAGACAAAGGGCAUGAGCCUAUCGGAGCACUCGCUGAACUGCCAUGUCCUAAGGAUGGGGUGUGCCAAGAUCAGCACCGGUGUGACCAUCUCUACGACAUCCGAGCGAGACAUCUUUGAGCAGCUGGGACUGCCGUAUAGGGAGCCAUGUGAGAGGGACUGGUGAUGUGUUGCUGCAGGAUGGCAGAGGCCUUAUUUGGCUGUGGCUGUGAAUGCAUCACCCAGUGUGGCACUGAACCACAUUUGCCAGGAACACGCAGGGUUCAGCUCCUGGUCUGUGCUGAACUGCCUACUUUGAGUGGUUUUUAUGCAUCCAAAACACAAAAUAACAGUUCACCUUCGGUGAGCUUUACAGUCUGAAAAAAGAAAGUGGCCUAUUUUUUUACAAACAGGGCCAAAGCGUACAAACAUAGGGAAGGUAUGCUAAAUCUGUGUAAAUCACUGGGUAGGCCUCAGCUGUGCGCAGUUCUGGCCACUUCUAAAUAAAAUGUCAAGGCCUUGGAGAGGGAGCAAAGGAGAUUUGCUGGAGUAGUACCAAGGAUGAGAGAUUUAAGUUAUGUUGAGAUACUGGAGAAGCAGGUAUUUUUCUCCUUGGAGCCAAGAAGCUUAAUAUAAGAGAUUUAAUAGAAGUGUUCAAAUCAUUAGGGUUUUGGUUAGAGUGAAUCGAUUUUUCCACUGGCUGGAGGGUUGGUAACUAGAGGUCAUAGAUUUAAGGUAAUUAACAAAAAACUGGAAGGGAGAUGAGAUUUUUUACGCAAUGAGCUAUGAUCUGGAUUGAUCAGUGGAAGCAGACUCGAUAAUAACUUCCAAGAUUGCAGAGUGGAAAGAGUAGGGGAAGGCAAAUUAAUUGAAUCAUUCUCUCGAAGAGCUGGCCAGGCACAAUGGGCCAAAUGGCCUCCCUUGUGGUAUGAUUCUAUGGCUCUGCCAUCUGCUUCACCUCAUCCGUUUUUGCCUGUUGAAUCCCUCAGAUCCUGGGUGACUUUCUGCCCUCGACAGUGCAGCUGUCUCUACAGCCCCUGCGCUGUGGACCUCACACAGUCACUGGACAAGUCAGGCUCACCAUCUCCGCUCCACACUCCCACCUCCCAAGGAGCCAACAACAACCCACUAUCCCACAUGCAUUUGACAAUUAAAAACAGGAGGAACCCAUUCAUCCCUUUGAAAGCUCUUCCUGCAAAAACAGGUAUUAUAAGCUCCUACAUGCAUAUAAAAAGAAAAAGAGUAGCUAAAGUGAGUUGGUCCAUUAGAAGGUGAGACUGGGGAAUUAAUGGGAAAUGAGGAAAUGGCAGAGGCUUUGAACAAGACUUUUAUAUUCUUCUUCAAAGUAGAAGACGCAAGAAGCAUCCAAGAAUAGUUGAAAAUCAAUGGGCAAAAAGGAGGGAGGAACUUAGAACAAUCACUAUCACUUGAAAAAAAGUAAUGGGAAAACUAAUGGGACUUAAGGCUGGCAGGUCCCUGGGACCUGAUGGCCUGCAUCCUAGGAUCUUAAAAGAAAAGAUAGUGGAUACAUUUAAUCGUUGACUCUUCCAAAAUUUCCUAGAUUCUGUAAAGGUCCCAGCGGAGUGGAAAACUGCAUAUGUAACACCUCUGUUCAAGAAAGGAGGGAGACAGAAAGCAGAAAACUAUAGGCCAGUUAGUCUAACAUGUAUCAUUGUGAAAAUGCAAGAAUCCAUUUUUAAAGAGGUAAUAGGACAUUUAGAAAAUCACAAAAUAAUCAAUCCAAAUCAGCAUGGUUUUGUAAAAGGGAAAUCAUAUUUGACUGAUUUAUUAAAGUGGAUUUAAUAAACAAGGUGGAUAAAGGGGAA